CACCAGGUGACCCACACCGGCGAGAAACCCUACAAGUGCCCCGAGUGCGGCAAGAUCUUCAGCCAAAGCUCCAACCUGGCCGAGCACCGGCGCACCCACGGCGCCGGCGAGCGGCACUUCUGCCCGCUCUGCGGCAAAGGCUUCGCCCUCGGGUCCUACUUGGCCAAGCACCGGUUGACCCACACCGGCGAGCGACCCUACCGCUGCACCGAGUGCGGCAAGGCGUUCCGGCAGAGCUCCAACCUCAUCCAGCACCAACGACCGCACCAACGCACCCACACCGGCGAGCGGCCAUACACCUGCGGGCUCUGCGGCAAGAGCUUCUGCCAAAACUCCCACCUGGCCAAGCACCGGCGCACCCACACCGGCGAGAGGCCCUACCGUUGCGGCGACUGCGGCAAGAGCUUCCGGCAAAGCGCCAACCUCCUGGAGCACCGGCACACCCACACCGGCGAGAGGCCCUACCGCUGCGCCCAGUGCGGUAAGACCUUCGGGUGGAGCUCGGCCUUCAGCAAGCACCAGAGAACCCACCUCGCAUGA